AUGGACAAAACACAGGUUGCUAAGGUCAGCUCCGGCAUACAGGUUGACAAUGUGACCUUGGCUCGCCGCGGCGAACAAGUGGACGGAUCCCUCCAUCUAACCCCUCACCAUCUUAUCUUCUCCCAUUUCCCGCCCAUCUCCGGCGAGGAUCAGGCCAAGGGUGUGACAGUCAGACCGAAAGAGCUCUGGAUCACCUACCCUAUAAUUGCUUUCGGCACCUUGCGACUGGCUCCCGCGGCCUCCCGCCAACUAUCUUCUAUCCGCCUUCGCUGCCGUGACUUCACGUUUGUCUGUUUUUAUUUCGCCAAUGAGCAUAAAGCCCGUGAAGUAUUUGAAAGCAUCAAACAAUGGACAUGCAAAUCUGGUCGGCUGGAUAAGCUCUAUGCUUUUACCUAUCAGCCACUGCUCGCCGAGAAGGAGUUUAAUGGCUGGGAGUUGUAUAACCCUCGGAAGGAGUGGAUGCGCCAGGGCGUCUUAAAAGAGAGCUCCGGCUGGCGUGUUUCAGACAUCAAUAUUGAUUACAGUUUCUCUCCAACAUACCCCGCUCUGAUUGCGGUACCCUCCUCUAUCUCCGACAAUACGAUCAAUUACGCAGGCCGAUACCGUUCCAGGGCGAGAAUCCCUGCCCUUACUUACUUUCAUCCGAUUAACAACUGCACCAUUACCAGAAGCUCCCAACCCCUUGUGGGCGUGCGCCAGAAUCGCAGUAUUCAGGAUGAGAAACUACUUGCUACCAUCUUCUCAACUUCGCGAUCAGAACGGCCCUUGGGUAGCUUUUCUAUCCCUACUUUAGAGAACGAGCAAUCGGAUUCCAGUCAUGGCAGUUCGGAAUGGAACGAGACGGGCCCUGACAUGUCAAUGGCUGAGGAUGUCAAGGACGAUAUGCUUGCCGCUGCUCGUGGAAACCCUGAAGAUGAGCGCUUGAUAUACGGUGCCCAACAACAAAAUCUGAUCGUUGAUGCACGACCAACAGUGAAUGCAUAUGCAAUGCAAGCUGUUGGUAUGGGUUCCGAGAAUAUGGACAACUACAAGUUUGCCACUAAGGUAUAUCUUGGUAUUGACAACAUCCAUGUCAUGCGUGAUUCUUUGAACAAGGUUGUUGAUUCCUUGAAAGAGACUGACGUUACUCCUCUUGGCCCUAACCGAGACCAACUGGCGCGAAGCGGGUGGUUGAAGCAUAUUGCGGGUAUUUUAGAAGGGGCCAAGGUGAUUACCCGUCAAGUUGGACUACAACAUUCACAUGUUUUGAUUCACUGCUCCGAUGGAUGGGACAGAACAAGCCAACUUAGUGCCCUUAGCCAGGUCUGCCUGGACCCAUACUUCCGUACCUUGGAAGGCUUCAUGGUCUUGGUAGAGAAAGAUUGGCUUUCCUUUGGUCAUAUGUUCCGGCAUCGGUCUGGUCAUCUGAACAGCGAAAAAUGGUUCCAAAUUGAAAACGAGAGAAUUGGCGGCGACAACAAUCGUGGAUUUGAAAGCAGCGGCGCAGGGCAGGCCCUUGAGAAUGCGUUCCGUAGUGCCAAAGGCUUUUUUGGACGAGACAACAACAGUCGUGACUCCCUGCAGGAUUCUGAUGGAGAGAUGCUGAGUUAUGACUCUGACACACCGACAAAGAAACCCAGUUCGGCUCCACGCUCCAUUGUGGCUGAGAAAGAAGUUACGAAAGUGAAAGAAACCAGCCCUGUCUUCCACCAGUUCCUAGAUGCGACAUACCAGCUAUUGCACCAAUACCCAACUCGUUUUGAGUUCAAUGAACGCUUUCUCCGCCGCCUACUAUACCAUCUCUAUUCUUGUCAGUUUGGAACAUUCCUGUUCAACAACGAGAAGGAGCGGAUGGAUACGAAAGCAAAAGAGAGGACUCGCAGUGUGUGGGAUUGGUUCCUAGCCCGACGAGAACAAUUCAUCAACCCGCAGUAUGAUCCAGAAGUUGAUGAUCACAAGCGAGGACAAGAACGACUGCUCUUCCCUCGCCCAAAGGAUACACGCUGGUGGGCUGAGUCAUUUGGUCGAGCAGAUGGAGAAAUGAAUGGACCCCGACCUUCUGAUCCAUCACUGACAAGUGACUAUGAUAGUCCCGGUGCAGUCCGGACACCCGUCUUGACUGGCAUCGAGACCGCGCAGGAAAAUGUGACAACUGGAACUUCUAGCGCCAAUGUUUCCAACGUUGCAACGUCAGGUCUGGCUGCAGUCACGUCAGGAUUAUCCAACAUUUCGAUCCUUAAGAACAAUCCACAUGAGCCUAAAGGAGAAGAAAGCCGGAAAGAGAUGGAGGUGGAGAUGCAAUAA